ACGCAGCUUGUCGCAGCUUGUUACAGAGAAACCGCAAAGCGUAAACCCCUCCGUCGUGAAGAUGUCAGAAAAGCACUGACACUGGAGACUCCUUCCAUAAACGUUAAAUAAAUACCUCCUUACUUGAAGAAAACUUCACCAUAUCACAGAUUUUUUAAAAAUUCUUGUAUGUGGAGCGUCCGCUGUAUGAGUCCCUGUGAAUGAGCUGUUACUAUAGCAACGAUAACAUAUUAAAGCUGUGAUUUGCAGCUGCACUACUGUCAGAGCUGCUAUUAUACAAAAUUAAUCAACACCUUCUGACCAAUCAGAAUCCAGAAUUCACCAGCGCUGUGGGAUAAUUAUACAUAACGUAUCAAGUCUAAGCUCCAAAUCUGUCUUUUUCCUCAUCUUCUAUUAAUUCCUCAUGUUUAAUCUGAGGUAGUGUUAUUUAAUUAUGAAAGUAGAAGCUAUGUGGGACACUUAUAUAAGGAGUUUAUAUAAAGAGUAGGAGCUGUACACUAUGUAGGACACUUGGAUAGGGAAUAAAGAGACAUUUGAGAUUUAGCUGAUGAAAUAAUAAAGAAGAGAUUACUACUUUUCCUCUCUCACUUGCUAAACUAAUUGCUUGAUUAAUCCUAGAAAGCAAAUGCUAAGCAAAUGGCUCUCUAAUAGACAAAAUAUUGACCUACCUGCCAUUUGAUUUUUUUUUUCCCCAAUGCAAUGGCGUCAAUGUAACCUAUUUUAGGUGCGUCAAUUGAGCAAACAUAGCGACCCACCUGCUGUUGGUUCCAGUAAAACAGGAAACUGUGGUUAGUGGCAGGGAAUAGUUCUGUUUUUCCACUCUUUCCCUCUCUCUGAAAAGAUUAUAGUGCAAUUUUCCAACACUACUGGACUAUUUUUAAAGCUCAUGACAUGACCACGUGCUUCCUUCCUAGGUUUCAUGGUUUUAAUUAAAACAAGACAGUACAGAUUUUUUUAAAUAAAUGUAAUCUAUAACAUGCCUUUUCUUAAAAGGUAGCAAUAAAAAUAUGAAAAAAAAAAGUCAACAGUUUUUGUCCACUUAUGACGUCUGCAUUAUCAUAGAAGACUUGGAAGAUGGAAGAAGACUUUAAGCUCCUCCCCUUUGGCACAAUGACGUCAUACAUACUGUGUAUUUUCUUAAAACUCGUUUUUUUUUCUAUAUUCGGAGCCAUAAAUCUCAUCUUUCUAAAUGAGCUAUAUUCAAGAAAUGUUAAAUAUGCAUUCCUAUUCCUAAUUAGUAGCUUAUUACUGAAGAAUUUCUCAAAAUGUUGUCUUGAUGACGGUUUAUGCUUUAAAAUGGUAUAAAAUUAUUUUUUAUGGUAUUUUCUUGAUUAAACAAUGAAAAAAAAAGGCUUUCCAGCAAACAUUUUCUGUAAAAGUCGUUCCCUUAAAAGCGUUUUCACGGUGAAAUUAAUAUUUUAUGUUAAAUAUCAGAUUUUUUAUUUUUUCAGAGUAUGCAAAUUUAUGCAAAUGUGCUUAGACGGGCCUCAUUACCUAUUCGGAAUAAUUCAUUAGGUAUGCUUUGCUGCUCCUCAGUGUUCUUGUUCAACAAGAUUUGAUCAUACAGUUACAGAUUUGAUCACAAAAUUAAUUUUAAAAGACAAAUCUAUCUAUCUUUCACAGUGACAGUGAACAGGUGAGAGGGUUUUUUUCCGCCUUUAGAAAAUUAAAACGUAUGCGCCUCAUCUCCAACCAAUAGCGUGGCGCAACGCACCUGUCAUACGAUCACCAUCCAAUAAGAAUGCGUCUUUGUUUUAGAGCCCGCCCACUUUUCGGCCAAUCAGCUGAGCCGCGCGCGACAGAGUUCCCACCCCCUCGUUUCAACGUCCUGCAGCUUUCAUACUAACCGAGUCGCCUGAGAAAUAAAACGCUCCCUGAUGUCACACAGGAGUGGACAGCGACGCUGGAAGUGUUAGCUUAGCUUCAUAAAAAACGUCUCGAGCCCUUCUUUCUCUUCAGAGGUCACACUCGGAAUCCACAGACAUUUCACGGCGUGGAUGUGGAUGAAGACGAGAGUAUGAGUUCAUGCGGCACCGACGUUAAAGAGAACCGCAAUCUGGAUAACUUUUCGUCCAAGGCGGGGCUACAAACAGCCAAUAGGAAUGCACCGCUGGGGUCGAGACGCAAGAGGCCACUGGAGGAGGGCAACCGAGGCCACGCCCACUCCAAAUUCCGUCCCAAGAGGCGCAAGAAAGCGCCAGGUCCGAUGUUGCCGAAGAAUGCGCUCAUGCAGCUGAAUGAGAUCAAACCGGGCCUCCAGUACAAACUCCUGUCCCAGACGGGGCCUGUGCACGCUCCGGUCUUCGCCAUGAGCGUGGAGGUCAACGGGCAGCGCUUCGAGGGGUCGGGACCCACGAAGAAGAAGGCCAAGCUGAGUGCGGCGGAAAAGGCGCUGCGCUCUUUCGUCCAGUUCCCCAACGCCUCCGAAGCUCACGUGGCCAUGGGCCGCACAUUUAGCAUCAACACAGACUUCACCUCGGACCAAGCCGAUUUCCCAGACGCUCUCUUUAACGGAUUUGAGACACCUCACGAUCUGUUCUGCCCCAUUUCCAGCACCAACGGAACCCUGCACCCUCGGAACGAGUGCUCGACGCCUGUUUCGGUGCCUCAGCCAGUCCUUGUGGGCCACGGCAAGAACGCUGUGAUGAUCCUCAACGAAUUGCGGCCAGGCCUCAGGUACGAGUUUGUGGCCGAGAGCGGAGAGAGCCACGCUAAGAACUUUGUGAUGGCUGUAACGGUGGACUCGCAGGUUUUUCAGGGAUCAGGCCGGAAUAAGAAGCUGGCGAAGGCACGUGCGGCUCAGGCGGCACUUUCAGGUCUCUUCAACAUGCAACUGGACCAGACGCCGUCUAGACAGCCCAUACCCAGAGACGGUCUGCAGUUACACCUGCCGCAGGUCCUGGCAGAUGCAGUGUCUCGACUGGUGGUGGAAAAGUUCAGCGAGCUGACGGACAACUUCAUAUCACCUCACGCACGACGGAAAGUCCUCGCUGGUGUUGUUAUGACAACAGGGAUUGAUGUGAAGGACGCACAGGUGAUCUGCGUUUCCACGGGAACCAAGUGCAUAAACGGCGAGUACAUGAGUGACCGAGGCCUGGCGUUAAACGACUGUCACGCUGAGAUCAUCGCACGCCGUUCGCUAAUCAGAUACCUGUACAGCCAGCUGGAGUACUUCCUCAGUAACAAUCCCGAGGAUCAUGAGCGCUCCAUAUUCCGGCGGUGUGAACAGCACGGCUACCAGCUGAAGGACGGUGUUCAGUUCCACCUGUACAUCAGCACCUCGCCGUGUGGAGACGCUCGGAUCUUCUCACCACACGAAGCCGCUGUUGAGGAUCAGGGAGACAGACACCCGAACAGAAAAGCCCGAGGACAGCUGCGCACUAAGAUCGAGUCGGGAGAGGGAACCAUCCCGGUCCGCUCCAGCAACACCAUCCAGACGUGGGACGGAGUCCUGCAGGGGGAGAGGCUGCUCACCAUGUCCUGCAGCGAUAAGAUCGCCAGGUGGAAUGUGGUGGGUGUGCAGGGUUCUCUGAUGAGUUAUUUCUCAGGCCCCAUCUAUUUCUCCAGUAUAAUCCUGGGCAGUCUGUACCAUGCGGAUCACCUCAGCAGGGCCAUGUACCAGCGCGUCGCAGAUAUAGAGGAGUUACCACAACCUUUCACCCUCAGCAGACCACUGCUCAGCGGAAUCAGUAACGCAGAGGCGCGGCAGCCCGGUAAAGCUCCAAACUUCAGUGUGAACUGGACGGUGGGGGAUCAGGGGUUAGAGGUCAUCAACGCCACCACAGGGAAGGACGACCUCGGCCGACCGUCUCACCUCUGCAAACACGCCCUGUACAGCCGCUGGGUUCGUCUCCACAACAAGCUGUCUCAGACUCUGAGGAUCCGAGUGGCUCGACCCGCUUCGUAUCACGAGGCCAAACAGGGUGCAGCUGAUUACCACUCAGCCAAGCAGACUCUGAUCCAAGCUUUCCAGAAAGCGGGCCUCGGCGCCUGGGUGAAAAAACCCAUCGAACAGGACCAGUUCUCUCUGACACAGUGAUGGAGAGAGAGAGAGGGAGAGGAGGAAUAAAAACGACAGCACACGUCUGUUUUUAACUGUUCAGCAUCUAACAGUUACCACAGCAUCUCUCAGUUUUACCUCACUAAUCUGUCCAUUUUUAUUCUGCGCUGCGUCGUGGCUUGGAUAUUUGUGUAACAGGAACGUUAAAUCUCAUGUCAUUAUGUUAUUUAAGUGUUAUUUUAAACGUGUAUAAGAGUGUAUAUGUGCUCAUGCUUUAACACCAGGAAUCAGUGAUUCGCCAGCUGGAUUUUUAUUAUUUAGCUUGUUAUGUUUUACAGUUUUUAUAAUUUAUUUAGAUGAUGUCAUCAGACUGAUGUUGAAUAAUUAUGAGUUUCUGAAAUCCUUACUGCUGAAGAACAUCUGCCCCAAAAAAACAUUUCCCCUUCAUUAUGCUAAUAAAUUACUUUGACAUCA